AUGUCGGUUGACAAAAUCAAGGUGUCAGGCGACCCCCGCAUCGAGUACAAGACCGCGGUUCUAAAUGGUCGCAACUACUCUUAUAUUCUAAGCCAGCCAAAAACAGGUCAAUACAAAGCCACAGUCUUCCUGAUCCAUGGCUUCCCCGAUAUCUCAAUGGGCUGGCGGUACCAAGUCCCAAUGUUAGUCAACAUGGGCCUGCGGGUGGUAGCACCCGAUUGUCUGGGUUAUGGACGUACCGACGCCCCAGCCGACCCUGAGCCCUACGGCCACAAAAGCUGCGCAGCGGAUAUAAAAGCCCUAGCAACACAUUUAGGGGAAACGAAAAUUAUUCUAGGCGGACAUGACUGGCACGUCUCCCCUUUCUUCCUAUCCCAGCCCAUCCAUCUCAUCUUUUACACAACAGCUAACACCUGCAACAGGGGUGCUGCCCUGGCCUACCGCAUCGCUCUCUGGCAUCCAGACCUAGUCUCGCACCUCUUUACAGUCUGCGUCCCCUAUGCAAGACCAAUGGAACAAGAAGUCCAACUAGAAGAUCUAGUCCGCACUGCGGCACCUCAUUUUGCAUACCAGAUCCAAUUUGCCAGUGGGGAGGUGGAGAAGGUAGUCAAAUCUGAUGAUGACAUUCGCCAAUUCUUGUUAGCCCUGUAUGGGGGCCGGAAUGAGCGUGGUGACGUUGGUUUUGAUGCGCAUCAUGGUGUGCUUGUUGACAGGUUGGGCGGGUUGAAGAGAUCUAAAUUGUUGAGCGAGGAUGAAAUUGAGUUCUAUGUGCGGGAAUUUGGAAGGAAUGGGGUCCAAGGGCCGCUGAAUUGGUACCGCACUCGGCAGGUGAAUUAUCAGGAUGAACUUGCUAUUCUGGACCGCAAGAUUGAGGUUCCUACGUUGUUUAUCCAGGCGCUCAGGGAUCAGGCUUUGCCUGCUCAUUUGGGUAAGUCUAUGGUUAAGCAUAUCCCCAGCUUGACUGUAAAGCAGGUCAAUACCUCGCACUGGGCAUUGUGGGAGAAACCUCAGGAGGUCAAUGACAUUAUUGAGGGUUGGUUGAAAGAGAAGGCUUUUACUGAGGCCAGGUCGGAGAAGCUGUAG